CCAAAGUUUCACUCAACGUGGGCUCUCUCUCUACUGAACUUCUCAGGAAUAAAAAGGGGGCGGAUAAACGGAUAAACACUGAAAAGGGAAUAGAAUUCAGAAACGAAUCAGAAAAUAAAGGUCGAUACAGGAAUCAUUGACCGCCAUGGCUCAUCGUGCAACUGCCAGUCCCAUCGAAGUGGACAUGAAGGAGGAGCAUUCGGGGGCUGGAGAGGGAAAUGAGUCCUCCUCCUCAACCACCUCGCUAAGCUCGAGCGUGCUGAAGUAUGAAUACCGGCAUGGACGGCGGUAUCACGCCUAUCAAUCGGGCAGCUACCCAUUUCCCAACGAUCAGCCGGAACAGGACCGGCUGGACAUGAUCCACCAUGUCUUCUACCGACUGCUGAGCCAACGCCUGUACCUGGCGCCCAUCGACCCCAGUGGACUGCGGAUGCUCGACAUCGGCACGGGCACGGGCGUGUGGGCGAUCCAGAUGGGCGACGAGAACCCGACCAUCGCCAAGAUUGUGGGCAAUGACCUGAGUCCCAUUCAGCCCGCCUGGGUGCCACCCAACGUGCAUUUCGUCGUCGACGACAUCGAGAAGGACUGGGUGGGGAACAAGCCCUACGACUACAUCCACUGUCGCUACAUGGCCGGGUCCAUCCGCGACUGGCCCCGGCUGAUCCAGCAGUGCUAUGACAAUCUGGCGCCCGGGGGUUGGCUGGAACUUCAGGAAUCGGCCAACACGCUGUAUUCCGAGGAUGGGAGUCUAAAACCCGAUAGCUGGAUGGUGAAGAUGAUGGAGGGGCUCAUCGAGGCCGGGGACAAAAUCGGGCAGACCCUGGACCCGGCUCCCUCCUUUGAGGGUUGGGUCCGCGAGGCGGGCUUCACCAACGUACAGAAGCACGAAUUUAAACUUCCCAUUGGACCGUGGCCCAAGGAUGCGCGGUUGAAGGAAUGUGGGAGCUUUAUGCGGGUCAAUUUCAUCGAGGGGGUCGAGGGGUUCACCGCGCAGCUCUUCAUCGAUGUGCUGGGCUGGACGCAGGAAGAUGUCGAUGCUCUGAACGCCGGGGUCCGGGCUGAGGCUCUAAAGGGAGCGGUCCACCCCAUUUUCGAUUUCUUGGUGGCAGCGCAGGAGUCCAUCACCUGGCCGAACUUGGACCUUAUCUUGCUUGCUGUAUGUCGGGUAACAAGAGGUGGUGAUCGUGCUUCCGGGGAGAGAUGUCACACAUAGAAUAGCCUUCCAC